AUGAGUUCCAUCUCUAAUGAUCUCCUUGUGGAGAUAUUCUCGAGAUUGCCUGCAAAGUCAAUCAGGAGGUUUCGUUGCUUGUCGAAGCUAUGGUGUUUUAUGUAUCACCGUCCAUACUUCACGGAGCUGUUCUUGACCAGGUACUCGGCUCGUCCACGUCUCUUAUUCGCCGUCCAUGAAUAUCAAAAAUCUGAGUGGGGUUUCUACUCGUCGUGUCAGCCUCAGAAUCAAAACGACAAGUCGUCUUCUCUUGUAGUACAACGUGGUUUCCGGCUGAAGUUCCCUGAAGACACGUGGUCAUACUUUUGUGGCUACGCCUCUGGUUUGAUCUGCUUCCGUCAUGCGUCGUCACCCUCGGAAAAGGAUGAGGGUACAGUGCAUGUAAUAUGUAACCCUAGCACAGGACAGUAUGAGAUCUUACCUAAAGUGGGAAGGGGAAGGGACAGCAACAACUCGAGAAGCUUUUUAGGGUUUGAUCCGAUUGACAAGCAAUUCAAGGUGUUGUUUGUCGGGGCUGAUUCAUCUUUUUAUGGUGGUGAUUUUGGAAUUCUGACAUUAGGAACUGAAAAAAUGAGUUGGAGGACGAUCCAAUGUCCCUUAACCCAUAAGCCUUCCCCUCUUAAAGGAAUAUGCAUCGAUGGGGUUUUGUAUUACAUAGCUUAUGAUGAAACACAUCACAAGAAGAUAGUUUGCUUUGAUGUUAGGUCUGAGAUAUUCAACUUCAUUGACAACGAAUGCGAGCUUAGUCAAUUGAUAAACUAUAAGGGUAAAUUAGGUGUGAUUAAGGUGUUUAAUGCUGACGUUAGUAAUGGAAGGCGUGCCCCUGAGUUGCGUAUGUGGGUUCUUGAGGAUGUGGAGAAACAAGAAUGGUCAAAACAUUACUACACUUUGAUGGUUGAUAGAUUUUCUUACAACAAUGUUUCAGUUGUUGGAGUGACUGCUACAGGUGAAAUUGUUUUGUCGUCUUAUACUACACGUGAAGCGUUUUAUGUUUUCUACUACAAUCCAGAAAGGAACAAUCUCCAAAGUUUUGAAAUCCAAGGUAAGCAUGAAGAAGGGUCAGCUUUUUGUAGAAAUAGUGUUUAUGCCUUUGCAGACCAUGUAGAAGAUCUUAAGUUUAAUGUUAUGAAGACAACAUCUAUAAGCUCAGUAGCUCACCAGAAGAGUAGCCUGAACCCAAGACCACAUCUAAAGAAGAUCACCAUCACUUCAUGA